CAUUCUUCCCACUGUACAAGUCUAAACCCAUCAUUCUUACCACCAUUAGCCAAUCCUCACAAAUCAGAUAACCACCUUUGAUCCUGACACUCAUCAGUUGGAAUCAGAGACUGAUUAAGGCGACGGUAUAUGAUAGUAGAGACCAGAAAUAUAAGCAAGACGAAAGGAUCCCAGACGACGUCUGACAGGCCCACCAUGUAGGAAGAAAUCGACAUGGAGAUGGUUUAUGCAAGACACGUGCAUCUAGCGGAAGGACACAAAAUAUUGGUGACCAAGCUAAAUCAACUGCUACAGCACGGAAAAAAGCGCAAAUAAUGGCAGGGCAGGAGCGCCGACAGGCAAUUGAGGCCCAAAACUCCAACAUAGGAAGGGAGGGUUCGCCGAGCUACCACGUGCCAUGAACGCCCUGAUUCGAAGGAACGACAUGAAGGCCACCUACCAGGCUAUGGUAGCCGCCAAUCCCAAAAACAGCGAUCCGCCGAGGAGGGCAGGGAUCAGCUCGAGGGCUCCCUUCCGUCGCAAAAGUAGCUCGAGCAACCGCUCGGGUGAUGGAAGGAGACUGCUGGCGGCGGCGACUGUGGCACAUGGGAGCCAGCGUCGGGGUGAUACCAGCGACAGGACAGACGAGAGAGAAUAGAGUUGGGGGUGUCGGACGCCAAGCCUAGAGCUGGAGCAUACCAGAGACGCGGAGCAGGGCUAGGGCGAGGCGGACCGAGUUUGGUUGGACCAGGCCGAACCACCAAGUUAGGUUCAACCCGAUUAAGGGCAGUCGAGGAGGAGAUGGCUAUUUUGGGCUGGGGCACGGUUGAGGGACUAAGCCGGGAUGCACAUCAUUUCAGUGGACUGAUCGAUAACAAGGGAUUCCUGAAAGGAAGAGGCAGUCAGAGCGCAGGAGAUCGACCACGGAAACAAAUAGAAGGUGGAGGGAGCGAUCAGAUGGGUGACUGGGAGAUGAUCAACCACGAAUAUGAGUACGGGGGCCGAGAGAGUCACACCCAAGGUCGACAGGGAGGAGGUGGAGGCUAGUACGACAGAGACGGAGACGACGGUAGCUGGUUCUGGCCCAAAACCCCAACCAUCAAGUUUUCUAAAUUUUCAACUACUGAGGAUGCAGUGCUAUGGGUGGCUUGAGUGGAGCGAUGGUUUCGACAUCAGAAUAUUCCGGAGGAAAGGCAAGCCUAUGUCGCAUCAUUUUACCUCGAGGAUGGAGCUCAAUAGUUGCUGGAGUGUACCUAUGUCGAGAAAGGAGAGCUAAUCACAUGGGAGCGGUUUAAGGAGGAAUUCGCAUAUCAGUUUGGCGGUACAGGCGAGUCAGCUUCCGAUUAGUUGGUCAAACUAAAACAAACCAACACUAUAACUGUAGGUGAUUUUCAGUUUGAGUUUGAACGAUUGAAGAAAAUGCCAAUCUCAUGCUCUUGGUGGAAACAUUUGAAGACGAAGUAGAGGAAGUGGUGGCAGAAGCAAGCAAGGCCAAUGCGGAUUAACAACCUUGAAGGCAAGGUUGUUUUGAAGCGGUGACGACUGAUGGAGGCACGGAUAGAUGACGUGUCACCAGGUUAUAAUUUUAACUACAUCAUUAUUAUUAUUGUUAUUUGAGGAUAUUCAAUGAGAUAUUAGGAGAUUUAGGAUUAUUGAGAAUAAUUGAGAGAUAAUGAGAUUAUUAUGGUAGUUGUUAGGAAAAUGAGACUAUAAGUCUAUGUAUGAUUGUCAUUUGGUAUUAUUAAAAAAUAAACAAUCAAAUUAGGGAAAUCAUCCAAUCUCUCUCUUCCCUCUCUCUACUCAGCCGAGCGCCUCUCUUUUCUCUUCCUGCUCAAACUUUCCAAACCUCCCUUUUGUUCCAUUCCCCAAUCAUAAAUCAUCAUCUCAUUCCUCCCAAUGUACUUGCUUGAACCUACCAUUCUCACCACCAUUAGCCAACCCUCACAAAACCACCCUUGAUCCAGGCAAUCAUCACAACUCUAAGGAGUGCAACCAACCUCCCUUGGCUGGUUGUGGCUCCACCACUGAAUGUAAGAUCAAUGGCAGGUGCAAUCCUUAGCGUUGAACCUGGGAGGACACUAGAUUUGGCCAUGGUUUUACACAUGCCUGGAUUUGUUCUCUGGGAAGACAAUCUUUCAUACUACUGGUAGGCUAAUCUAGACAGUUAGGUCACCUCUGUUACUACAUCAUAUCAAACAUCUUUCAGACUCCACCUUAACUUGUGUCCAUAUUACGGGUUUUAAUAUAGUUUGUAUUUAGAGAUUACAAAAGAACUCAUUAUGUGGGUAUCCAGGUGAACUUGAUCCGAUUUUAUUAGAGCAAAUCACACUGACAUGAUGUUAGGGUGAGAUUUCCUCAAACCCAACAACAAAGUAAUGAUUUUAGUACGGGUUGGAGAUAUUAAAUAUUAAGUAUUCGC